AACAACCUACUUAUUUAGCUAUAGUGUAGUAUAGAGACAAGCAUUAUUACAAUCAAAUUUUUAGUAGCCAGACUGCUUUUGUUGAGGAAGUUAAUUCUGUUUUUAUUAUUCAAUAUGUUAUUGCAACCAAUUUUGAAGAUAAAAAUAGUUUGUUAACUUAUUUUUAUUGAUUAAGAAAAAAAGCUUUAUACUAAAUAUUAAUAAGGUUAUUAUAACGAAACAGAAAAACAAUUUAGAGAACAAAAAUGUACUGCAUUAAUGUUUUAACAAUUUACUUUUUGAUGUGCAUUCACCAUGCAAUAUCAAUUUCUUUAAAUGGGAAAUGGAAGGGCUAUGUUGUAUCAACAGAUAUAAAAUUCUCAGCUGAAAUACCAGGUGGUAUUUAUAGUGAUUUAGAAAGAGCUGAAUUGAUUGAAAAAAAUUUAAUAGGUUUUAAUGAUGUAAAUAAUAGAUGGAUAGCUAAUAAAUCCAUUGCUUAUACAAAAAGCAUUGAAGUGAAUAAUACAUUUUUUGAAGCACCUUAUGUAGUUCUUAUUUUAUAUGGAUUAGAUACGUUUGCUACAGUUUAUAUUAAUAAUGAAGAAGUUGGAAAAACAUCAAAUAUGUUUCUAAAAUACAAUUUUGAUAUUAAGCAAAAAUUAAAGUUGGGUAACAACGAAUUGAAAAUAGUUUUUGAAUCAUCAGUCAAAGUUGCAGAAAAUCUAUAUGACAUUCAAAGUUUGGAAUAUGUUGUCCCACCUAAGUGUGUUCCAAAGGAAUAUAAUGGAGAAUGUCACGUAAACCACAUACGAAAAAUGCAAGCUAGUUACGGAUGGGAUUGGGGUCCAGCUUUUCCAUCUAUGGGUAUCUGGAAGGAAGUAGAACUGCAACCUGUGCAGAAUGCAUUGGUAUCUGAAGUUACGACUGAUGUGCAUAAAAAAAGUAACUUGUGGCAAAUUGUUAUUACAGUAUUUUUUGAAACUUUUGGCAAAAAAAAUACAGUUAUCGAUAAACCCACUCAUAUAAUUUGCAAAUUUGAAGAACUUUUUUUGAAUGAUAGUUUAUUUACAAAUCUAAAAGUUAGAAAUAAUCUCGCUAAAGCAACUGUGAUAUUAGAUAUACCUGAUGACAAAGUUCAAAGGUGGUGGCCUAAUGGAUAUGGCGAACAAAAAUUAUACUUACUUGAUGUUAAAAUAAUAAUUGAUACUGAUGUAACAGAGAGAAAAAUCAAAGUUGGAUUUAGAACAGUUGAGCUAGUACAGGAUCGACUGGAAAAAGGAAUGAGUUUUUAUUUUAAAAUCAAUAAUAUACCUAUUUUUGCAAAAGGAAGUAAUUGGAUUCCUUCAAGUGUAUUUCCUGAAAACUUAUCAAGAAAAGAGACUCUGCAAUAUUUACUGAAAUCUUCUAAAGACACGCACAUGAAUAUGUUGAGGGUUUGGGGUGGUGGUGUUUAUGAAUCAGAUCUUUUUUACAGUUUAGCUGAUGAGUAUGGAAUCAUGAUUUGGCAAGAUUUUAUGUUUGCUUGUAAUAUGUACCCAACUACUAAAAAAUUUCUUGACAAUGUUAAAGAGGAAGUUAGACAAAAUAUGAGACGAUUAAAACAUCACCCAAGUAUAGUUUUAUGGGCUGGAAAUAACGAGAAUGAAGCUGCUCUUUAUGGGAAUUGGUAUGGUACUGGAAGUGCACAAAUUUAUAAAGAUGACUAUGUAAAACUUUAUGUCGAUACAAUUAAAAAUGAAGCCACAAUCAUUGAUCUUACAAAUCCGUUUGUGGUAUCCAGUCCAAGUAAUGGAUUAUAUAGUGAAGAAAAAAAUUAUACAGGAUCAAAUCCUUAUUCCAAUAUUUAUGGAGAUGUUCAUUACUACAACUACUUGAGGGACAGUUGGGAUAUCAAUCAAUAUCCAGUGACAAGAUUUGCAUCUGAAUAUGGAUUUCAAGCAUUACCUUCAAUUUACACUAUAAUGCAAGCUACUAAAAAUAUCAGUGAUUUGCAAUUGGACAGUUCUUUUAUGAAGCAUCGCCAACACUUGCCUCAAGGGUAUAAUUUCAUGAAACUCUUGAUUUCUAAAAACUUGGAAAUACCUAAAAGUAAUAACACAAUAAGAGAAUUAAUGGAUUAUAUAUAUCUGAGUCAAGUGACUCAAGCAGUUUCAAUGAGAAUACAAACAGAAUCAUACCGUCAAAUGAAAAGCUUAUUUAACGAAGUUGGCGAAGGUAUGACAAUGGGUGCACUAUAUUGGCAAUUGAAUGAUGUUUGGCAAGCCCCAUCUUGGUCUUCAAUUGAUUUUAGUGGUCGAUGGAAGAUGUUACAUUACUAUGUAAAAGACUUUUUCUCUCCAAUUAUUAUAACAUCACGAUUAACUAAAGCUAAUGAACUUUUGUUAUAUGUUGUAUCAGAUGUAUUAAAAACUUUAGAAAAUUUAACUAUAGAAAUAAUUGUUUAUGAGUGGAAAAGUGCAAAAUCAAUUCACACUACUGAGCUAACUAAUAUCACAGUAAAACCUAAUGAAUCACGACUCAUAAGGCAGUACUGGCUAGACGUUUUUUUGGAAAGAGCUGGAUGUGGAUCUUUAGCAACAGCCAAAGAAAACUGCAUGCUUGAAUUAAUUCUGAAAGAUGCUAAAAGCAACAAAAUAGCUCCAUCAAAUUAUGUAUAUCCAUAUCCAUUGAAAAAGGUUGCUUUACCGGAUGGUUCUAUUAAGAUCAAAGUUAAACCAGAAGCCGUUCCAAGUCGAUUACAAAACCAAACUGAUUUUCAAAUAGAAGUAACUGCCGAAAAAUUAGCAUUAUUUGUUUGGUUAGAAGUAGGAAAUAUAAAUGGACGAUUUUCUGAAAAUGGAUUUCAUUUGUUGCAAGGGAAGAAAAACAUUACGUUUCAUACCUCUCAACCAAUAGCAGUAAAAGAUAUUACGAAUAAUCUUAUAGUCACAUCUCUUUCUCGAAUUUACGAUAAUAAUCUUCGAAUAUCAGAUGUGCAAAUCGUUAUUAAAGAACUUAAUAAUAAUGGAGCUUAAGAAUAUUUAUCAAAUAUUAUUCAAAAUUAGUAUAAUGAAUUUCUGAAUGUAUAAAUAAAUAUUUUUCUUUUAAAUAAUAAUACGUACAUUUUA